AAACGAAAUAUCUUAAAUUAUUCAGCCUUUUGUGCAGAUUGUGAAAUCCUGAAUAAGCUUUCUCAAAAAGCUCACAAGCUCGUUUGUUUUCACAAACCUGAUAAUGUAAUUAGGCAAAAUAAAUACAGCACCCCAUGAACAGCAUCACAAAUAUCAGAGAGGGUGUUUUUUUAUUUUUUACUUUUUUUUCCAAACCGAAGGGAGUGGAGUAUUAUUAGAUCAAAAGCAGUUAAGAAUAUAGCAAAAUGUUAUGAAACUAAUUUAGAUUUUCACGAAUUAAAAGAAUUAUUAUUCUGACAUAGGGAGAAGCCAACAUUUGGUGAUCUUAUAGUUAAGCACAUCACUUUCAAACUUUUGUGAGAAGGGUACUGUCGAUGAAAUCGACUCCAGUGAAUAAGGAAUGACAAAGUCGACCAGUGGAAUUUGAACUCAGAACGCAAAGGCAUGCUCCCAAAUAAAAUGGCUACUCUAGAACUGGAUCCAUUAUUCACAAAAGCGCUUAAGCUACUUUAUUCCAAAAGUAAAGAUGCAGAAUAUCAACUCAGACUAAUGGUUGAAGAAGUUGUUGCCCAACGGAAAGGCCUUCCAGUGAAACAUGACUUCAUGGAAACUCUUCAAGAAAGCAAGAAACCUAGACUGGAUUUAUUUUCGUCACUAGAGAAGGAAGAAAAACCGAAUAAAGAGAAAGAGCGAGAGAUGGAAAAAGAACGAGAGAAAGAAAGGAGUAGAAAAGAACGUGAACUGAAAGAUAAAGAAGACAAGGAAAGGAGAGAAAAGGCUAUGUCAGAAAAAGCUGCUGCGACGGCAGCAACUGCAGAAAAGACAGAAAAAUCAGCAGUGGUUGUUGAGAAAUCAUCUUCUUUCAAGGAACCAGAAGCUUUAGGUUCCAGUGAUGAUAAUAUGGACACUGCUGAUUUUAUUCUUGAUCUUGGUAUAGCAUGUGUUAACUGUCAGCAAUUUGAAGUAACUUCAGGUAACCAGCUAAUUGAAUGUCAAGAGUGUCAUAACUUAUAUCACCAGGAAUGCCACAAACCACCCGUUAUAGGACAGGAUGUAAAUGACCCAAGGUUUGUGUGGUAUUGUACAAGAUGUGUAAAAAGUCUAGAAAAAAUGGCCACUAAACCUCCAAAGCCUAUCAAGUCUUCUUCACUCACAAACACAAUGGAAAGCAGUAAGAGUUUUGUAAUGGCAUCAAGUAGCAGUAAAUCCAGUAAAACUGACUCAGCAGACACUGUCCUUCCAUUUCGUCGUGUUGAAUCAAAAGUAUCAUCCAGCAGCAUGGCAGCCAAGCCUAUGAGUGGUCUGGUCAGUCUUGCAGCUAAUUUGUCAGGAAAGACAACAUCUGAUGUACUGUUGUCAAAAUCUUCACUGACCAAGUCCGAACAGACCAAACACAGUUCUGCCUCAUCUUCAUCGAAAGAAUCAAAGCCCAGUAGUAACUCAGGAUCAAAACUUGACCUUUCAGAGAAAAAUCUAUUUGCAGCUGCUCUAACCAUGGCUGCUAAAGUCAGCACCAAAGGCUCCUCUAAAACUUCUAGUGGUAUGCAAAUGGCUAAUGCUGAUAAAAGAUUACAACUGAUGAAGAAGAAGGCUGCUGCUAAACUUCAAGAGAAACGAUCACUUUUAAAAUGAUUUUUUUUUUUUUGCUUUAUUAAAACAUUUUUCUUCAUAAUUA